CUCUGUGAAUGGGUAGCCAAGGAUCUCUGCUGCACUCUGGACUUCUAUAGACUCUAGAAGGAGCAAGGCUGGCUUUUGAGGAAGCAGCAAAUGUUGUCCAGGCAGAAAAAGCAUGUGUGACACUCCAGUUUUGCGUCCUUGACACCUCCCAGAAUAAUGAUUCAUUUCCCAAAAUCAUCAGCCUGCUUUGGAAAAGUGUCUUUGAAGGAAUUUUGCAUGUACCCUUGCAAUCACAAAACUACAACAACAGAAUGAAGGGAGGAGGAACGAAUGUUACCUGCUAACCCUACAGAGAGGGAGGAGCUCCAUUCUUCAAGCAUCAGCAUAGUUAAAAGGAAGGUGUGUACUUAGAGUGCUUCCUCAGUGUGGAAGUUCAAGCACACAACGCUGAAGACCUGUCCUGAGGGUGCUCUAGAAAGUCUCCAGAGGGUCAUUUCAUGGGGGAAAAUCUUGCCAAUAACCAUUAUGCACAGCUUAACCAGGGAGAAGAAAAUGAGAUGGAGAUUUUUGGCUACAAAACCCAAGGCUGCCGGAAGGCCUUGUGCAUUGCUGGAUACAUCUUGUCCUGUGGGGGUCUGCUGCUGCUGUUUCACUGGAAGCCAGAGUGGGAUGUGUGGGCAAACUGCACCCGCUGCAGCCUGGAAGAAGCGGAUGUUGUUCUGCUCAGAACAACGGAUGAUUUUCGGAUUUAUUCUCGGAAGACUGUGACAUGGAUCUCUGUGUCUGCACUUAUCAAAAGUAGAUUGGAUUAUCCAGCCACUGCUGAGGAGGACUCAAUCUUCAGCAAAGCCAUAAUGAAGCCAAGUUUGCAAGUAAGAAGUAUCCAAGUACAAAAAAUCCGCUAUGUCUGGAAUAUCUGUGCAAAACAGUUCCAGAAAAUUGGAGUCCUAGAAGACCACCACACUUGCUCAGCAAUAUAUGCCAAAUUUGGUUCCGGUCUCACCUGCAAUGAACAGAACGUCAGGAGAGUUAUAUGUGGGCCAAACACUAUUGAAGUUCCAGUGAUCCCUAUUUGGAAACUCCUCAUCAAAGAGGUCUUAAAUCCGUUUUACGUGUUCCAGCUGUUCAGUGUGUGUCUUUGGUUUGCUGAAGAUUACAUGGAGUAUGCCAUUGCUAUCAUAAUCAUGUCUCUCCUAUCGAUUUCUUUGACUGUAUAUGAUCUUAGACAGCAAUCGCUUAAACUGCACAGACUGGUUGAGUCUCAUAACAACAUCAUGGUCACUGUCUGCAGAAAUAAGGAAGGUUUCCAAGAGCUGGAAUCACACCAUCUGGUUCCUGGAGACACACUGCUUUUGAAAGAGGGCAAAACCCUUUUGCCUUGUGAUGCCAUCCUCAUCAGUGGGCAGUGUGUUGUGAAUGAAAGCAUGCUGACAGGGGAAAGUAUUCCAGUAACAAAGACCUGCUUACCUCAAGCUGAUAACUUCAAGCCCUGGAGAAUGCAUUGUGCAGAGGAUUACAAAAAACAUGUCCUCUUCUGUGGAACAGAGGUCAUACAGACCAAGGCAGAUGGCAGAGGAGUAGUGAAAGCUGUGGUGCUGCGGACUGGUUUCAAUACAGCCAAAGGGGAUCUAGUGAGGUCCAUUCUCUACCCCAAACCCAUGAACUUCAAGCUGUACAGAGAUGCCCUCCGAUUCCUGAUGUGCCUCAUAGCAUUUGCAGCCAUUGGAAUGAUCUAUGCAGUGUGUGUGUUUGCACUCAAUGGGGAGGAGACAGGAGAAGUGGUGAAGAAGGCUUUGGAUGUUGUCACCAUUGCUGUCCCACCAGCUCUGCCAGCUGCCUUGACAACAGGAAUCAUUUAUACCCAACGAAGGCUAAAGAAAAAGGGCAUCUUCUGCAUCAGCCCCCAGAGGAUCAACAUGUGUGGACAGCUGAACCUCAUCUGCUUUGACAAAACUGGCACCUUAACAGAAGAUGGCAUGGAUCUUUGGGGCUUGCUGCCCUCUGAAAGAAACUGCUUCCAGGAGAUUCACAGCUUCUCUGCAGACCACAGCCUGCCUUGGGGCCCACUGUUCAAAGCCAUGGCAGUUUGUCACUCACUAAUCAUUUGGGAGGGCAAGAUCCAAGGAGAUCCACUGGAUGUGAAAAUGUUUGAGGCCACUAACUGGGUGAUAGAUGACUCCAGUGGACACCAGGUUGGAGGUCAAGGAUCUGUUCAUGCCACAGUUGUUAGACCUGGGCCUAAAGCCAGCAGUGCCCCAGUGGAAGGAAUUAUUGUUUUACAUCAGUUUCCAUUCUCUUCAGCCUUGCAAAGAAUGUCUGUCAUUGCUCAGGAAAUUGGUGGGGAACAGCAGGUCUUCACAAAAGGAUCUCCAGAAAUGGUAGCCAUGUUAUGUAGAGGAGAAACAGUCCCAUCAAACUUUGAAAGGAAGCUUCUGCUCUACACAACACAGGGCUUUAGGGUCAUCGGCCUGGCAUGGAAAUCUCUGCAGAUAGGGAAGCAACUUACUGAUCUAACAAGGGAGGAGGUAGAAUCUGAUCUGACAUUCCUGGGUCUGCUGAUAAUGGAGAAUCGAUUAAAAAGGGAAACAAAGCCUGUCCUGGAAGAGCUCAGUGCUGCCCGCAUCAGGAGUGUUAUGGUCACAGGUGACAACAUUCAGACAGCUAUAACUGUUGCAAAAAAUGCUGGGAUGAUUCCUCCAACAAACAGAGUGAUUCUUGUGGAAGCAAGCAAAGUACCUGGGACUUUUUCAGCAUCUAUAGCCUGGAAGCCACUAGAAGAAAACAAAACUGAAGAUUAUGGAAGACUGGAGGAUGAUGGUCAGACUGAACUGGCAUUGGCAGCAGGCCAGUACCAUUUUGCCAUGAGUGGAAAAUCUUACCAAAUUGUAGCACAACAUUUCAGGCAUUUACUUCCAAAGCUCCUGCUGAAUGGAACAGUUUUUGCUCGAAUGUCUCCUAGUCAGAAAUCCAGCCUUGUAGAAGAGUUUCAAAAGCUGGACUAUUUUGUAGGCAUGUGUGGAGAUGGAGCCAAUGACUGUGGGGCUUUGAAAGUGGCACAUGCAGGGAUAUCACUGUCGGAGCAGGAGGCGUCUGUGGCUUCACCUUUCACCUCCCGAACCCCCAGCAUAGCCUGUGUGCCAGAGCUCAUCAGGGAAGGCCGUGCUGCUCUUGUCACUUCCUUCUGCAUGUUCAAGUACAUGGCACUCUACAGCACCAUUCAGUACCUUGGUGUUCUCCUUCUGUACUGGCAACUAAAAUCCUUUGGGAAUUACCAAUUCUUGUUUCAAGAUCUGGCUAUUACCACUGUAAUUGGUGUGACAAUGAGCUUCACAGGUGCCUAUCCAAAGCUGGUUCCCUACAGGCCUCCCAGCCAGCUCAUCUCACCCCCAUUGCUGCUCUCUGUUGUACUUAACAUCCUCUUCAGCCUCAGCGUACAGAUUUUGGGGUUUUUGGUGGUCCAGGAGCAGCCUUGGUAUACCAAGACCGAUAUAUACAGCGCCUGCCUCUCAGUGAACAGCCACAUGGAGAAUUCUUCCUCUACUUCCAGCUUGGGGCUCCAUGGGAUGAAAGAUGGAGCCCAGGAGCAAACAGACAAUGGCUACAAGAGCUAUGAAAACACCACAGUGUGGCUGUUAAGUACCAUCAACUGCCUCAUUGUGGCACUAGUGUUUUCCAAGGGAAAGCCUUUCAGGCAACCCAUCUACACAAACUAUGUGUUCGUACUGGUGCUCAUAGUGCAGCUGGGCGUUUGCCUCUUCUUGAUGUUUGCUAAUAUUGAUGGUCUCUACUCCAAGAUGGAUCUCGUUUGCACUCCUACCACGUGGCGGAUCUCCAUGGUCAUAAUGCUCGCAGUCACACUUGCUGUGUCCUUCCUUGUUGAGGAAGCUGUCAUCGAGAACAGAUCCUUAUGGCUACUUCUGAAAAAGACCUUCCAGUACCACUCCAAGAGCCAUUACAAGAGACUGCAGCGAGCAUUGGAGCUGGACUCAGCCUGGCCACCUCUGAAUGAAACAACCUUCUCAGAUUCCGUGGCAAUCUCAGUAGAGGGAAAUAUGGGAGGCCAUAACAAUCCAACAUUUGACAGCAAUGAGGACGCUCUCUGACGGAAACUACAGAGGACACAUGUCCAGGACAGUUGCAGUUGACUAUAGGAGGACUAUCUCAGAGACAUAAUAGGAAGGACUGACCCAUAACUGGUCCCUAUUCCAAGACUAACCAACUCUGGCUUAUUUUUAAAUUAACUGGAAGCAGAAAAGCUGUCUGCAGCCAACAAAAAGCCACAACAGUGUCCCUGCUGUCUGCUUGCCCAUGUCCGAGUCGCUGCCAGCUGUAAGUGGAACAGCUUGCUGAAUACUGGCAAACUGUGGUUGAAAUACGCCAUUGCUGCAUCCCUCUCUUGAGCUGCAUUAUGCAGUCCGUAAAAGUGGGGGCUCCUCCAAAUGAAAAGUAGCUAAUCCAGAUACCAGCACUCUUCUGGAGAAGUCUCCUUUGAGAAAUCAAGUAGAACUUACUCCUGACAGAGGCUAAUGAACAUGGGCAGGUCCUGGGAUUCCUAUAGCUCCUGGGGUUUCAGAUUUUGCUACCUGGUGUCUGGCACUUCUUGGGGUUUUUUUUCCCUUCUGGCAAUACUUGACUUUCCAGAUCUGGAAGGAGCUGCAAAUAGGCUUUACUCCCAGCAUCAUUAUGCUCUUGCCAUGAUGAGAACAAUGCAGAGCUAUUGCCAGCUCACUGCUACCAGGUAACAUAUUGGCUGCCUUCUCAGUUUAAAAUGUGAUACUUGCAUUUUCUGGAUGAAAAAUCAAUUGAUCCACAGAGCAGGAUUGAUUUCAUUGUUUAACAGUUCUUUUCGGAGGGAGGUAUUUGUUUGGGGUAUCUGUUUGAAAAAAGUAGAAUGAAACACGUGAUGAUGACAAGUUAUGAUCUCAUCCCAUGGGGCUGUGAGGCUGUGC